CUUCACUCUGUCUCACUCUAUUUGGAAUGACACUUUUAGCGGAGAGACAAAAAAUGAAUGUCCCAUUUGGCCCUCAGUCUCACUGUGCCAAAUUCAGGAAACCACCAAAUGGUUACCGCCGUCGGAGGCACAGGUCUCCAUUGACUCCGCUCGUUCACUGGAAGUUUGACGACAAACAACGCGCCUCCAGGGGCGGCGGAGGCGUUGAGAUGUCGGCCAGGAAAUUGGCUGCUGGGCUCUGGCAAUUGCGUUUGUUGGCUCAGCCUCGUGCUGGACAUGUAAAGCAAGUGCUUCCUUUCUGUCGCACUAGCGGAGAAUAUGUUCCGGGAACUAAGCAUCUGCAGCAGAGCCCUCUACCCGGUUGUACUCCAAACCAUAAAGUCCAGCAUAAGCGUGCAUCUUCUUUGCCAUAUCCCAAGUCAGCAAUGGAAGGGGCAACAAAGUGGGAACCCAGGUGCUCGACAACAUCCACUGAGCCUAAUUGCUUGUACAGCCAUACCAAGUUUCUUGAAGGUCAAUUUAAUACUCUGUCUGUUGUUUCUGCACUGCAAGCAGAAUUAUCACAGGCUCGGUUACGGAUACAUGGGCUUGAAGAUGAGCUUCGGUCCUCUAAGAUGAAAUUUGAACACUUAUUGGGAAAGCUUGGAGGAGAAAGAAACUCAUGGCAGAGCAAAUACAAUAAAAUGCGUGCAAUUAUUGACAACUUAAAGGAUGAAUUAAGCGUGGGAAUGAAAAGCCGAGAAAGAAUAGACAUUAUCAACUCUAAAUUGGUCAAGGAGCUGGCUAACUCUAAGUCGUCUGAAAAGCAGCUCAUGAAAGAUUACGAGGAAGAAAAAAUGGCCAGAGAGCUGAUGGAGGAAGUUUGUAAUGAACUGGCUAACAAAAUUGGAGAAGACAAGACUGAAAUGGAAGUGUUGAAGAGUGAAACGUUUAAAUUUCGUGAAGAGUUGGAAGAAGAGAGGAGAAUGUUGCAGCUGGCUGAGGUUUGGCGUGAAGAACGUGUCCAGAUGAAGUUAGUUGAUGCAAGAUUGGCUCUUGAAUAUAAAUAUUUUCAGAUGAAUAACUUGCUGGCUGACCUUGAAUUUUUUUUGAGGUCAAGAAGUGAGAACUUGGAUGAGACUGAAUUAAGAAAAGCUGAGUUGAUCAUACAGGCAGUCAAAUCAGUGAAUUUUCAAGACACAAAAGAAUUUGAAUAUGUGCCACCAAAAUCAAGUGGUAUAUUCUCUGUUUUUGAUGAAAAUCGACAAGUUGAAGCUAAUGAGAGGAAGAUGGAUCUGUUGAUGAUCAAGUAUAAUCCCGUUGGCGAUGCUUCGAACUAUGAUGCUAUAAGUCCUGAGGUAAAUGUUUUUAACAAUAACCAUAACAAUGGUUUCGAAGAAGAUGUAAGAGUAUGGGCAUCAGCAAGUCAUAUUGAGGAUCAAGGUUCAAGAUAUUCAUUUGAAGGGAGUCACCACUCUGCUAUCAGAGCUAAGGAAAGCCAACUUGCUUCAAGGUGCAAAAUGGAAUGCAAUGAGAAAGUAAUUCAAGAUUCUCAAAAUACAGAAAUCAACAAGGUAUGCUCAAUGUCGGGGAAACAACCAAGGCAAAAGGCAUCUUCUGUAUCUAAAUUUAGGAGAUCAUUAACAAGUAAUGGCAAAUUCUGCAAGAUAACAUCACAUGAGGUUCAUGAAAGGCUUUCAAAUGGGACAGUUUCUAGCGCGGGAACAACUUCUCCACGUAGAAAGUCAGUCGAUUGGUGCAGCAGGCUCCGGCAACGAGAUUCAGUAGGGCAGUUAGUAUCAUCGGACUCAGAGAAUCCGCAUAUAACUCAAGGAAUGAAAGGGUUCACUGAAUGGCCACGGGGCAUCCAAAAGAAUGGUUCAAAGGCAAAGUGUUUGAAAGCAACUUAAAUACACUCAGUUAUAUUAACUGUAAAAUUUUCUUGUUUCAGGGGCACCCUCCUGCAUAGGAACUGGUUUUUCUCUUUAUAAUUUGAUCACCAACUUUCAGCUUCAGUAGCAAUUUUUUCCAUCACUGCCUAGUUUAGUUUUACUGCAUCGCGCAAACACGAAGUUUACUACAUGUUUUAGUCCCUGAAAUUGUGGGCACUCCAAUAUUUUAUUAUUUCCACAGUUGAGCAAUACAAUUCAU